GUCCGCAUCGACCGCAGCCCCACGGUCCCAUGUAGUCCGUAGGACUUCAGAAAGAGGUCAGAGAGGUGUGCAAGUCGGUGCUUUAUUCUAUGGGUGUGCCGCAGUCGUCGCACCACCCUUCUUGCGCCAGGAUUUGCUCGUAAACCUACAGGGCCGUAGUCGUUAAGCGCCAGUUGGCCGAGUCAGUACAAGGGAGCUGCGUACUCUCAUCGCUCGAACGCUCCCUUUAAACUCCCAAGAGGGAAACUAGCAGCGCCGAGGUAGGCGCUAUCAACGCUUCUCGCGCGUAGGCCCAUAGCGCGCACAGCGAUCUCCGUCAUUCAGCUGCACGCUCUGAUGUGCCCGCCAAAACCGACGCUGGACAAGAACCUCUCGGCAGAACAAAUAAUGCGUCGCUCGCCUUCUCUUCUACUCGGUGGCUCCUCACCACCGGCGCACAGGUUAGCCUGCAACAUCGCACUUUCUGCAGCGCCUGCAACUAGCCCCUAGUGGUACACAGAAGUUGGAAGCAGGGACACUGAACUGUGCAAUGGCAUUGCCUAUUGUCUUCAAGCAAGAGUAUGUGGAUGUCGCCAAGCUGCCCUAUCCGAUCCCUACAUCUCCAACACCAGUCAACAAGGCUCACAGCGAUGUCAUCCAGUGCAUCAGGCAGGAGAGGAUAAGAGAUGCCAAAAUUUUGGUGCGGACACAGCACUGGCCCCUGGACCAACCGAACCGAGGUGACCUGUGGCUCAAGCUGUGCCAGCACUACUCCAAGGGGUACCUGGAACCUGACUUCUACCAGAACACUUUGAAGAGUUGCCUGUGGAACGUGUGGCCCAUGAACCUGCCCGCAUUUGCGGACCCCAUCUUCUGCGAAGACUACCUGCUGUCAGCCGAGGGGCAAAAGCAUGCUGAGCGGGUGCUCUACGUCGUCUCCAUCAGCCACCCGUACAUCACCUACUGUCCACUGCUGCACCCUGUCACGUCGCUGCUCCUUCACUACCUGUCCGAGGAAGAGGUGUACGAGUGUGUAUGUGCCUUGAUUGAAAAUACAACGGUACGUCACCUGAGCCAGACCCGACUGAUGCACGACACGUCAGCCUACACACUCAUGCAGCUGACCAAGCGCCUCGCAAAAAAGACCUAUUCGCGGCUUCGGCGCAAAGUUGAACAGGAGGAGGACCUGGAGAAAAUCUUCCACACCUGGGAGCUCUGGAUAUUCCGUGGGCUGCCCCUCUACCAUCUGGUGCGCUCCAUGGACUGCUUUCUUCUCGAAGGAGUUCGUGCCCUGUACCGCAUCGCAAUGGCCAUCCUCAUCCUCUUCACUCAAGACCUGUCCCUGGAGGAUACGCCUGGAGACUGCACGUCAGACACAGGCAGCUUCCUGGACAAAAUCAUAGUGUUCUGCAAGCAAAUACCCUACAACGUGGACAGGUUCUUCAAGACUGCCUACAACAUUCAGGGCUUCAGUGCCAAACUGCUGAAUCAGCAGCUGCUCAAGUCCGAGAUGUACAUCAAAAGCUGCUCAAGCGGACGACUGCGGGCAGCCUCUGAGAGUGGCCUCUCGGGCUCCUGCUACCACCUGGACGUGACCUCUGCAUACCUGUCGGUUAAGGAAAGCAAGAACAGAGGGGAGCGUGCCAUGUCGGUAGGCAUCAUCCCCCUGGCCAAUUUCCGCUCCGAGAUCCUCAGCACCGAGCAGAUGGCCCUGGUGUGGAGCUGGCUGCCCGCACGCAUCACCAUGUUGCAGCCAGAAGUGAUCUACUCCACCAACGAGCAUGGCAGCAGCCUGACUAACUUCUUUUUCCACACGGACACGUGGGAGCCCACACUGCUGGUGAUACUGACGACGCGUGAGGAGCGCUUUGGCGCCUACUGCUCCACCCGGUGGCAGGAGCGCAACCAGACAUACUUUGGCACGGGCGAGACCUUCCUCUUCACCUUCGUGCCCGAGCCGCGGCGAUACACCUGGGUUGGCGUUGGCUCGACCGAGGACGUGCCCCCCUCAUCCAGCCUGUUCAUUUCAGCCAACCAGCACAUGAUCCAAAUCGGAGGAGGGAACGGAAUGGCGCUGUACAUAGACGAGUCCAUGGAGAAUGGUCGCUCUGAGCAUUGCGACACUUUUGACAACAGAUCACUGGCCAGCAGCGAUGACUUCGUUGUGCGCAUUUUGGAAGUCAUCGGCUUUGCCUGAUUUGCGCUCACCCAUCUCAUCCGCGUUGUCACCGCAACGUCCAGCAGCCUGCUUUGGACCUUUCAUUUUAGCAUACUUUGUUACAACCUGUACCGUUCUGUUGUUUUUAUUGCCAUUGCAUUUCAUUCGUGUUAUUAGUGUUUCUUUGCUGUGUGAUCAGAUCAUGCGUGGCCACAACAUGCUUGCUAUUUUAGCAUCAAAACGUACAAACUCAAGACAUCUUUUUCUUUUUGAUUUGGAGGCAUGUUCAUCUCUCAUUGCUCUUUACCAAUAUUAGUCCACCCCGAGUCAAUUUGCAGGCUCGGGACGCUGCCUGUGAUCACCUACCCGAAUCGUAUUCUCAUGUGCUCCUAUUUAUGCUUUGCAGUGCGCAUUUUGCUAGACUAAGAUAGUGCAUUCUCAUUUUGCUUAGGUGUAUAGAAAAGUUGUACAUUCCAAGAAUAGAUUCCGACUACACAGUCUCAACUGUAGGAUGCUUGUGUACCCUGAAGUCCCUUCUUACUUAUGUUUUAUUUAUGAUGCUUGUCAUAUAUAGAACCCUCAAGUCUACAAAUUAAUCUGUUGGCAUGUUUUACUGAUUUACCACAAUAGAUUGUGCCUUAUUCGAAAUAAGCAGUCACAAAAUCGUAGUUCGGUGUAUGUGCCAUGUUUUACAAUGCUUGACAUGUAGUACUGUGUUUUUGACGUAGUGCUGAAUAGCUCGAAACAUAUACGACAAUAAAAUUUGUGCUUGAGA